AUGGAAGAAAGAGAGGAACUUAUGGUAUCACUAAACCCCACAAAAACCCAUGACCCGACCCGAAAAUCCGGCUUGUUUCUAAAACCCACUUCUACUUUCACAAAGCUUGGGAAACCCCUUUACCCAAAUCAUUAUUGUGAAAAAAAAAAUCGUUCUUUAAGUGUUUCAUUCAGUGGGUGGAGAACACAACAAAGGUGUGGGAAAUGGAAAGAAUGGGUUGAUAGUAUGCAUGCUUUGCAUAAGUCCACUUGGAAAAAAGCCGGAAUUUACGAAGCCGUGUUGAAUUCGUGUUACGAGAUUAAGAAAGAUGAUAACUUGAUUCUUGGGUUUGUUCAAAAAUGGUGUGAUGAGACUAAAAGUUUUGUGUUUAGCUGGGGAGAAGUUACGGUUACAUUGGAAGAUAUGAUGGUUAUUGGUGGUUAUUCUGUUUUGGGUGAUUCUGUGGACUGUGCCAUCGUAAACGAGGAUUUGGUGAAGGUUUUAGAGAAACUGAAUGAAGCAAGGACUGAGUUAUCAAGAUCUACAAGAAGAAGAGCUGAUCCUUUUGGAUGGAUGAAGAAAUUCAAAGAUAGUGGAAGCGAUAUCGAGCAUGAAGCAUUUCUUAUAUCGUGGUUAUGCAGGUUCGUUUUCCCUUCAUCGACCAUUGUGAAACAUGUUCUCACCAUCGGUAUUCAUUUAGCUCGAGGGGUUAAACUUGCUCUUGCACCUGCUGUUCUUGCUAGCAUUUAUAGAGAUUUAAGCUUGUUAAAAGAUAAAAUGGUUGAUUCUAAAGAUUAUGAUCACAACCAUGAGACUGCGGCUACUGUUUGCGCUCCUUUUCAAUUUGUUCAAAUUUGGAUUUGGGAGAGAUUUCCAAAGCUUAGGCCUAAUCCUAGUUAUAGUUGCAUGCCAAGAUUUGCUAAAUGGGACAAGAAGUCGCCUGUAAAGGAUGUUAGUUCAUUUGUUGGUUCUGCAUUGGAAGAAUUUUGUUGGCAACCUUAUGGUGAAGAUAUAAUUGACCAUUCGGUGUUGUCGAAGGUGUAUCAAGAUGUGGGAAAGUGGGUCAACGUUGAUGUUUGUUUAGAUGAAGGAUUGGAGUCAUGGGCUCGUUGUUUGAGAGUUUCUGAGUUAGUUGGCAUGGAUGGGAACUGUAUGGAACAAUAUUUACCCCAUAGAGUUGCAAUGCAAUUUGGGAUGAACCAAGAUGUUCCUGGUGAUGUGGUCCGAGCCAAUGAAACUUCUGAAAUCGCCUGGAAAUUUUACUCUCGUCCAGUUAAAGAUGCUAAGUUGUACAUUCCAUCACGAGUUUCUGAACCUCAUGUCACUGCUAGAUACUUGGAAUGGCGCAAUAAGUCAACUGGCUCAUGUAAAUUGUUGCCUCAGCUGUGUGACGAUGAAGGUAUAAACUUGGUGGAAGAUGAAUCAAGAACAGAAGGUUCUGAAGAUGCUAUGGGUAAUAACGAUGGUGGUGGUGGUGGUUAUGGUAUUUAUGACGACAAUGAUGAUGCUGAUGGUGGUGAUGACGAAGAUGACAAGAUUAAUGCAUUAGGAUCUAAACUUGAAGCAAGAAUUGGUAAACUUGAGGAAGUAUUUCAAUAUCUCAAAGCUAAAAAACAGAAGGUGAUAUAAUUAGAAUAUUACCAGGGCAUAUAAGUUGGCUUAAAUUCCACUAGUUACUCAGAAGCAUGAAAAUGCCAAGAAAAACUCAU